GCCGGACGGACACGUCUUCACCGCGAGCCCGCCACGCAGCGCCAUCCUUAUCACCGCGACGAACGUAUUAUCAGUGAUCUGUGAAACUAUCAGUGAUGUGAUUUACAAAACUGUAUUAUACUCGAGUAACUUGUGAUAAUAUUGAGUGCGGUUUAAUCCGAUAACUGAGUGUUGUGUCACGUGACGUCCUCGGGGACUCGGGAGCGAGUAGUUUUUCUUGUUUGCAACUUGCCGAUAGUUCAUAGACUUAGGGCAAAUACAGUGCAUAAAUGAUGUGAGAAUCAUGGACGAGAAAUCCAGAAGAGUGACAGAGAAGGGACGAUAUGGGAUGAGAGAGUGCGAGUGAGCUGGCACGAUGGCUACGAAGAUGCUGCUUUCCUUACUGCUCCAUUGCUUCUAUGUGACCACCGCUUCGAGUCCCGGGACAGGUGUGGGCGUCCUGUCGGGAGUGAGCGGUGGGGGGGACCGGGUGGAAAGGCCGUAUUUCGACGACGUGUCCCCCAGAAACGUGUCCGCCGUAGUGGGGCAGUCAGCCGUGCUUCGGUGCCGGGCCAAACAUAUAGGGAAUAGAACUGUAUCGUGGAUGAGAAAGCGAGACCUACACAUCCUGACCUCCCACAUCUUCACCUAUACUGGUGACGCGAGGUUCAGUGUACUGCACCCUGAGCCCUCUGACGAUUGGGACCUCAAGAUAGACUAUGUGCAGCCGAGGGACGCAGGCGUGUAUGAGUGUCAGAUCAACACCGAACCGAAAAUCAAUAUGGCCGUUGUGUUGAAUGUUGAAGAUGAGUCAUACACCCCCGCGCCCCAGACACCGCCCCGCUCAGCGGCCGCUGCAACAAUCUGGGGCUCUCAAGAUGUAUAUGUGAAAAAAGGCAGUACGAUAUCAUUGACGUGUUCAGUUAAUGUACAUUCUUCGCCGCCUUCGAGCGCAUCUGUUCUAUGGUAUCACGGAAAUGCAGUGGUAGAUUUUGACUCGCCCCGCGGCGGCAUAAGCCUGGAGACGGAGAAGACGGAGGGCGGCACGACCAGUAAGCUUCUGGUCACGAAAGCGGCCCUCACGGAUUCGGGCAACUACACGUGUGUGCCAAAUAACGCACACCCGGCUUCUGUGUCUGUACAUGUUCUGAAUGGUGAACACCCAGCUGCGAUGCAAACGAGCAACCGCGCCUCCUCCUACCUCACCUCGCAGCUGAGUUGCGCCCUUCUCACCUACCUCCUGUCCUCCAUGGCCUGCAGAUGAUCACUCUGCGACCACGUGUGAUGAGAUGGAACUCUUGUUGAAAUUCACUGCGUAUCUGUCUAAAUGUACUUCUGUCUAUGGUUAGGACGUAAGUCGUCUAAAUGUGCGCAUGUCUAUGGUACAUCAAUUUGGUUAAAA